GCUUGGAAACUAUGCAUGCAUGGAUACGGUGGGAAUCGAACCCACGACCUUUGGAAUAUUAUCCAUAUACUCGAACCGACCUGACCGCGUAGAUCUAUAGCGACGUCCCUGCGUGUUGCAGUCCGUUAUGGGAUAAUUACGGUAUUGGAAUGAAAAACAGGCUGCAAAAAUAUCAAAAUCGGGCUGCAAGGGUAUACUGGGGCACACUAUGAAGUUCUUUCGGCUGAUUUACUUAGAAACGUAAGGUGGGAACCAUUAGAAGUAAGACGCAACUACUUGAAAGCUAUUUUCAUAUAUAAAAUAAUUAAUGGCCACACCUCACCUAAUCUAAUCUGAAGGAAUCGUUUCGAGCAAACAACGAAAUAACUAAUUCUUACAAUCUCCGAAAUAGAGAAACUGACUUAGCACUUCCUAUGCCAAAGAAAGAAUUCGGCAAGAGGUGCUUUAUUAAUUAACUAUAAUGGGGCCUCACUGUCGAAAAAUCUUUCCCAGGAGGCAAAAAUUUCAGAAUCGUUAAGCUCUUUCAAAACAAUUUUGAAUGAGAGAAUUUGUUGAACCUGGCUAAUCAAAAUAUUUUAACCUCUAAGCAGUACAACUGCAGUGCUAUUAUUCACCUGUUCCUAAUGAUGGUGUUUUAUAUCCUGUAAAUAGUUGUAAAUCACGCCCAUAGAUAUUUUAUAUAAACUAGAUAGUGCAUCUAAUUAUUCUGCAAUUCAAAAAUUGAAGCGGCGAUUGCAGACUCAGGAUAUUCCCUCUCUCCUCCGCAGAGGCUUUAAUUGGCUAUGAAGGCGUGAAGCCUCUGCACGAUGCCACACCCAAUAUGGCGGUAAACCGGGGGGGAGGGGCGUAUAAUUAUCAAAGUAAUCAAACGCAAAAUUCAAGUCAAAAUGACUGAGAAAAUAUCUCUUUACAAUACUGCAACAAGCUGACAAAGAGAUUAUUUACUAGAUCUACGAAAUAAGAAAGUGUUAUGUUCAGUUUGCGAGAAAACAUCUGCAUUUUUUCUAGAUAAGGUCUCCAUCUACAGUAUAAAACAAUGCACGGAAACAAGGUAUUGAGCGAACAGGUUUUGGUUGCAAUAAGCGAAGAAACUUUUAUUUAAAUUUAUAAUUGACAUUUGUAUUUUUAGAAAUGUGUCCAAAACCGCAUAAAAGAAAAAAAAUGAGUAUGUAAGCAUACAGAACCAUUAUUAAAUUUAUUAUCAAGACUGAAAAUACAAUUCAUGAUCAACUAUUUCAACUUCAGCAAUAUUUAUAAACAAACGCGACCUUCAGUCGGUUUCGACCUGAUUUAUUUGGAGGUUCGUAUCUUUGGUUCAAUAUACGCUAUGUAGAUGAAAAUACCACCGUUCGAUCCAGUACAAAAAUAUCUCCUAGUUUCUGUCGAUAGUUUUAGUGAAAUGUCAACACUAUAGCGAUUUAUGACCUUUGAAAGUCAAGCGGGAUUUUGUAUAUUAAUAUCAAAUCACGCAAUGUUUACACUUGAUAAAAAUAUAAACUAGGCAUACCUUUCGGCGAACAUAACUUCGGCUCCUUGGGACGCAUCGUCUUUGUAUUACUCUUGUUCGAAAGCGACUUUACAAAUACUUUACAAUGCGAGUAUAUUUGUAAAAUUAUGUGCAAGAAUUUCUGUUCAGAAUUUCCCGUGCAGGAUUGUAUGAUCCUGCACGGCUGUUGACGAAUCAAAUUGCGUGUUUCACUGUAGUUAUUAUAUAAUAUUUCUUAAUACUAGCUUGACAAUUCAAUUCGGUGGGAGAGAUAGGCAUGUCUAUUCAAUAUAUAAUAGAUUUGUAUUUGAGACAGAGAAUCUUACAUGCAAUAUUAAAGGAUACCGAAUGGUUUUCCGUGCAGGAUUUCCGCCCCGAUUGCGUGAUCUAUGCACGCGGGAUGUUGUGAGCUUUCGGAAAGCGUAAAAAUACACGAGCCGUAGGCGAGUGUAUUUUUACGCUUUCCGAAAGUCGAGCAACAUCCCAAGUGCAAGGAUCAUGCUAUCCUGCACGGGAAAACCAUUUGGUAAUUGUUUUAUAAAAUUACUACAGUGAAACGACGCUUAACGUGAUUAAAAUUACUGAUGAAAUGUGCAGUUCUCACAACAUUCGUGAAUUAACCAAUCAGUGAAUCGCUACUCCACGCUAUUGAAAACAACAAUAUAUGUGAACAGAAUUUGAUCGCAAAUUCGCGAAAAUAUACAGCGAAAAUACAGUGACUUUUUCGAUAAAAUAUACGAAAUUUGAAAUGGAAAACCCGCUAAACAGAGAGCCAAAGUAGUUUUCAAAGAUUCUCGACCUGAAUAUGUGAAGAUUGCGAAGCGUUUGAUCAACUUUGAAGCGAGAGAUGUUGUACUUACAUGCCAUGGUCUGAUGAAUUUCAACGCUACGCGUUGCUACUUGCUUGAACAGGAAUGUAUCGAUCAGAAAUUUUUUCAUACAACUAAACCAACGUCUCAAUAAUUGGAAUCUUACUUCAAAGUCGAAAGGUAUCGUACAAUGAAACUUUACAAUGCGAGUAUAUUUGUAAAAUUAUGUGCAAGAAUUUCUGUUCAGAAUUUCCCGUGCAGGAUUGUAUGAUCCUGCACGGCUGUUGACGAAUCAAAUUGCGUGUUUCACUGCAGUUAUUAUAUAAUAUUUCUUAAUACUAGCUUGACAAUUCAAUUCGGUGGGAGAGAUAGGCAUGUCUAUUCAAUAUAUAAUAGAUUUGUAUUUGAGAUAGAGAAGCUUACAUGCAAUAUUAAGUUUUUCCACUCUAAUAAAUUUUUCGGAGGGCUUCCCUUGCCCCACUUUCAUCCCUGUUUCACAACUCCAUCACGUAAGGGUUGGAAAGCUGUGAUCGUCUCCCAGAAAAAUCUUAUAUUUCUGACGCUCAAUGACUACAUUUCGGGCUUUUUGUGGAGCAUCCACAAGGGAAUCAACAAACAUGCAUGUUUUAAAGUUAUACUUUCGUUAACAUUCUAAAUGUAAUGACCUAGUUAUAUAUCAACAAAAAUUGCCCUGCAGUAAUUAGCAAUCUUCCAUAUUUGCAGAUUUGCAAAUCAUUCCGUGGCGCUAAUAGUACGGCAUUACAUUUCCAAUUUUACAGAGCACCUUGCUAAAUCCAACUAAUUUCAGCAAUCAGACAAAACCGUUCUGAUAGAAGUCUUUUGUAACUUAAAAUUUUCCACUGUGGUCUACUAAUGCAUACGAAGGGAAAGCUAAAAAUAUAAAGAUGUGACUUUGUGCAAUAGCAUUGUGUGGGAAUAUUUACACAUCAGUUAUAUCUCCCAUGUAAAAUAUUAUAUUCUCAACAAAAGUAUUCCUGUAAAUAAAGGGAGUUGAAGCGCAACUAUACUGCCACAAAUUAUCACAUCUUGUUCCAAAGGAUAGAAAAAUUCGUAUUUAGUGGAAACAAUGCACCGGAAUAUUCUGUUACGACAACUACUGUACAUUAGACAGGAUGUCGUUUUACCAUCUUUCUCUCCGGCAAGACUGUUCCGCUUCAAAGUCACGAUAUAUAAUUAUAAAGCUGAAACGAAGAAUGAAAUAUAAUUAACCCCUGCAGCUGUUCUUGAAAUAGAAACGUCGCGAAUGAACAGGAAGAUGAACGACUAGGCAACUGUGAAAUCAGCUAUGACAAUAAUUACUAUGAAAAUGUUAGCGUACAAAACUUUUUUCAUGUUUUCUGGACGGUUACCUAAUCAAAAUAGAAAAAAAUGCAAUUCCCAUCAACGUUCUGCCAAAAAACUGUCCUGAAAAAGGCCUUUCGUCGAAACGUCGUGACGUACAUAUAUCGUUGGGUUUUUUUGUUGAAUGGCUUAUAAAUCCUAUAUAUAUCAUUAAACGAUUUUUGUUACUUUAGGGUGUUUAAGAGGGAUCUGCGUUAAUAUACUGUAUACUGAUGAUUGUACACUACAUUUAUUGCUCUUUAAAUCCAGUACAAAAAUUAGUAUACAUGCAGUAGCUAGUAACGUUUGAUCACCUCACUUUCAUUCAGUUGAACUAUGGUUAAAAAUAUGGCAAACAUUUAGAAACUGGAACGAUGCUGCUAAACCAGUUGUCCAAAAAUCAAAGAUAGCAACGGCAUUCAUUUCAGUUCCGCAAUUAACCUAACUGUAAUACACUGUUUCAUUUUGCAUCAUAUAUUGGAAUGCAUUAUACUUAAUUAAAAGCCACGUAUUUCUAUUUUACCAUGAAAACCACACCAUCAUUUCAGCGAAUGCAACAUGUUUCAGAAAUAUCUAUAUGUCGUUGGCACAUAUAUAUUAAAAAGCUAGUAAAAAAUUGUUUGUCGAAGAUCGAUCUAAUUAUAAAUGUUAACCCUAUCAAAUUACAUCUGAUAAAAGAUCACGUCGCUAUUCUUGAUAUCGUCUUCCUGUGUUGUGUAAUUAAGGUGGGUAAUUGGACAACAAGCUUUCGUUAUAGCUAAAAAAAUGGUUAAAUAUAUUCUGAGCUGAAACUGAAGUUGGCAAGUAUUGUUCACUAGUUAUUUGUAGCUUAUAGUUAUUCAUCCUUCAACCAAUUAUUUUAUCUUCGAUAGAGGAUAAAAGAGAGGAUUCAGAACGCAAUGCUUCAGAAUCUCACUGGUUCAAAAGAGCGUGUUGCAUGGUUUCGGCAAACUACGAAAAUACAGAGGUCAGUACUUUGCGACUAUAAUAUGGUGGUAUUGAAUUACCUGAAAGCUUUUGAUUUUUAUAUUUUGGAAACUAUAGCGUUGAACUUCACGAUGUUUACGUAGAAUAAUAUUGUGAUCAUCUUCUCGCAUGUUCAGCAAACAAUCGGUGUAUAUAGGCGAAAUUUAAAUUAUUGUUAACAAUGACAAACAAUCAAUCGGGAAACUCGAGUAUAUCAGGAUAUGUCCAACUGAUGUUGCUCUUAAUACUUCCUAUAUGCCAUGACUUCGACGAAAACUUCUAAAAGAUUAAGCUCUCAUUGUCAUGUAGAAAACUAUAGCCAAUUAAGUUUAGGCGUUUCGAAGUUUGGGCGAAUUUGAAAAUUCACCACGACGCAAUUUUACAUUUAAUACACGUUUCUCGGGUUUGUGUUGUGUUUACAGUUUACAUUCGGAAGUGGUUGCUAAAACAGCAAAUUAGUUUACUUUGAAGCUAAUAUUUCGCUUUCUAAGCCACAGUAUUAUAUAAAAUUUUCUACUGUCUUCCGAGUUCUGUUGUCAGCGAAAUAUAUUCGGUAUUUGAUGCUAUCUGCAUGGCCUAGAUUCAUACAGUAUAUUAAAUAAUAUGCCAAUCCUGUCCGCGUUUUAAAUAUAACCGAACAUCUUUAAUAUCCAAAUCUGUUCAUUAAUGGUGCAUUUUAUAACCUGGACAAAUAUCAGUAUCUUUAAAUUCAAUUAUGUGCAAUUUUGACUAAAAUUCAACCCAUGACUAAUUUAUGACGUUUUUGCUUUAUAGUAUUUGAACCUGAAUUUAUAUUGAACGAAAAUAUAUUACGUUGAAUGCAGGAGCAUUCAUGGUAAUAUUCGCUCAAUAUAAAUUCAUGCGAAAGUCAGGAAGAAAUAUUUAGUUGUGGAUGUUUUGUUGAGUUGUUCCUAUGUUUUAUAUCCUAUAUGAGUUGGUGAAUUACCGUAAACAAUCAUUGUUGGGAGCUGUAAAUGAAUUUUGAUUAGAAAACUAAAACGUGUUUCUUGUUCCGUAGAUAUAAAAUAUUUGACAUGAAUUUAACCUGGGCUUCUUUGCUAUUGUUCUUCACAUUGGCAGCGGCUGCAAAUCAGGUACAUGCAUAGAUGAUGGAAUUGAAAUUAACUGAAUUAGUCUUUCUCACGGUGCCAUUUUUGGGUGCCAUUUUUGGGUGCCAUUUUAAGUCUCCAAGAUAAGUCCACAUAACAGCGACUUUUUAUAAUUUUUUUGGACGAAUGAUGUUAAAUUUGCUUUGUAAAUGGUUAGUUAAUUUUGAAAAAUUGCUUUUCACAUUGUUUUUAAUUGUCUGUAUUGGUUAACGAGAAUUAGAUGGCACCCAAAAAUGGCAGAUAUUCGUCAUCGUGAGAAAGGUCAAUUGAUUCAAAUAAUUAAAUCCAUUUUGCAAUUCAAAACCGAAUUCCAUUAAAUACUGAAACAUCUUUUAUUACGAUUUUACAACUCGGCAAUGGCUUUAUGAGCUUUACUUAAUUUAAAUAUGAUAAAUUAUAAUGAGUACCUAGUAACUAAGUAAAAAAGAUCACACGAGUGCUUCGGGAUGAGUAGAACAUUUUUUAGAGAUAAAUAUACGAUGAAAGCUCAACACGAUAAUUCUUCCAGACAUUAAAUUCCGUUGAACUAAAUAUCCAUGCAGAUUCUUUUCCCUUUAAGCCAAAGCGUUCUCCCGUUUGUGCUGGAUCAAAUGGUAUACCAGGAAUACCUGGCGUUCCUGGGUCGGCUGGCAAAGAUGGAGUGACUGGUGCAAAAGGAGAAAUGGGUUCUCCAGGCACCGUUGGGCCCAAGGGAGCCCCUGGAGAAAAAGGAACGGCAGGAUCGGACAGUGGAUUGUAUUCUAACUGGAAGCAAUGUGCGUGGGAUCGGGUAGAUAACAAAGAUAACGGAUUGAUACAGGUUUGUAAUAAUGCGAAGUGAACUAUAUAGAUGAAGUAAAUUAAAGCAAGGGCUCUCGUCCGUUCAGUGUUGUGAGAACACAACUAUAAAAUAUUUGGAAUGGAUGAGUCAGAGCUUAUAAAUACAAAUUUUCCUUUCUUCACCUGUUUCGUUCAACAUUUGAUAGCAGAAUUAUUCCCUUCGAAAACAUUUAGUUGAUUUUUUCCUUCAAGGAAUGUCUGUUCAACAAGUACAACAGUAAUUCUUCACUGAAAGUCUUCUAUGGAGGUAAUUUACGUAUAUUCAACUGUAACGCUUGUUGCAAACGUUGGUAUUUCACAUUCAAUGGAGCCGAGUGCAAGAAACCAUUAGCUAUUGAUGGUGUUUUUUACCUGUCAAAGGGGGCAGGACAACAUGGAAAUCUUCAUCGCCACCGUCACAUUGAGGGUUACUGCAAUAAAAUCCCGAAAGGUAUUGUCCGCGUUGGCUUCUGGGUGGGAAAUUGUAAGGGUUUUGGAAAUGCUGAUGCCGACUCUGGUUGGAACUCGAUAUCUCGUAUUGUGAUUGAAGAAGUUCCACCACCGCAAACUUGA